AUGGCGACCGACAAUCCCGACGACAUCUCGCAAUUGUGUGCGAACUUGACUCUGGCCGAUGUUGAGGAUGAAGACCAAUCCAUACAAAUCCCAGGAAUACAGAUCACCGACCAGAUUGGAGAAGCGAGUUACUAUGCGGUUGGCAGAGUGGUGACUAAUAGGCCUGUGAAGUUCUCUUUUUUCCAAGACACCAUGGCGGCAGUAUGGCAGCCGGCGAUGGGGCUCACAAUGAGACAACUUCAACCCCAACGGUUUUUGAUCCGGUUUUAUCACGAAACUGACCUCAACCGGAUCAUAGAAGGGGGGCCAUGGGCCUAUGAACAAAACUUGCUGAUCAUGCAGAAGUUACAGCCAGGAGAAGACCCUGAGGCAACAGUACUGAAUCACGCAGACUUCUGGAUACAAAUACAUUCUCUGCCGGCGGGGCUGCGUUCUGUAGUGGUGGUUUCGGCCAUAGGUUCUUCAGAGGUUCUAUGCGUACCUUUUAUCGCGUACGUGUGA